AUGAACGGCACUGAGGGCCCCAACUUCUACGUGCCCAUGUCGAACAAAACGGGCGUGGUACGGAGCCCGUUCGAGGCCCCCCAGUACUAUCUGGCUGCGCCCUGGAAGUACUCUAUUGUGGCUGCCUACAUGGUCUUCCUCAUCCUCACCGCCUUCCCCAUCAACUUCCUGACCCUGUACGUCACCAUCGAGCACAAGAAACUGAGGACCUCCCUGAACUACAUCCUGCUGAACCUGGCGGUGGCCGACCUCUUCAUGGUUGUGGGUGGCUUCACGGUGACCCUCUACACGGCCCUGAAUGGCUACUUCGUCCUGGGGGUUGUCGGAUGCAACAUUGAGGGAUUCUUUGCCACCAUGGGAGGGGAGAUCGCUCUCUGGUCUCUGGUGGUCCUGGCCAUCGAACGCUAUGUUGUGGUCUGUAAACCAAUGAGCAACUUCCGUUUUGGAGAGAAGCAUGCUGUUGUGGGAGUGGCCUUCACCUGGAUCAUGGCACUCACCUGUGCUGUUCCUCCUCUUGUGGGCUGGUCCAGGUACAUUCCUGAGGGAAUGCAGUGCUCCUGUGGGAUUGACUACUACACCCCGAAGCCUGAGCUACACAACACGUCCUUCGUCAUCUACAUGUUCGUCCUGCACUUCUCCAUCCCUCUGGUCAUCAUCUUCUUCUGCUAUGGCCGCCUGCUCUGCACUGUUCGAGCGGCCGCAGCCCAGCAGAAGGAGUCCGAGACGACUCAGAGGGCGGAGAAGGAGGUCACUCGCAUGGUGAUCGUCAUGGUGAUCUCCUACCUGGUGUGCUGGUUGCCCUACGCCACUGUGGCCUGGUACAUCUUCGCCAAUCAGGGAACUGAGUUUGGCCCCGUCUUCAUGACAGCCCCGGCCUUCUUUGCUAAGAGCGCUGCCCUCUACAACCCGUGUAUCUACAUCCUGCUCAACAGACAGUUCAGGAACUGCAUGUUGACCACGGUGUGCUGUGGGAAGAAUCCCUUCGGGGAGGAAGAAGUCACCACAACAUCAUCUAAAACCCAGUCCUCCUCCAUCUCCACUGCCUCCUCCAGCCAGGUGACUCCUGCUUGACCUACGACCACUGCCCCCUGACUCUCCACCUGACCCAGUGCACCUGGGAACCCACCGCCAAGCAGCAAAGCCGCCGAUUGGCAAAUUAUCUCGACUUACCUCUUCAGUCAGUCAAUUUUCAGUGCACAAAUAUAACUGCACGUGUGACCGACCACAUACAGGCAUAUUAAGGCCUCUACGUGUACAGUAUUAUACUCCCCUAACCAAGGGAAA